CAUCUUGGUCAGAGCCACCUCUCUACCAGAAGGUCUUGCUUUCGUCGUGUCGUUGUUGUAGGUGGUGGUGGUGGUCUGGUCUCGCCAGGUGACAGCGUGACGCAGUUUGACGGCGGUGAUGGCGGUGGUGAUGACAGUGACAACGAUCACAACUAGUGGAAACAACAUGGAGUAGAUGAAGAUGUCGAAAAUGUCGAUAAUUUCCUUGUUGCUCAGUAAACUCGAUGAUAUAGCCAGACGUGCAAUUGGUCUGCACGAGCAAGAGUGGCUAUGUGGCCAGAUCGUAGACGGUGACCGCCUUGUGCUUUGGACCGGCGAUGGCGCACAUUCCUCCGACAAGGACGACAGUGGCGACUGUGAUGAUGACGGCCAUGGUGGAGGUCUUGAUGUACCUCUGUGCUUUGAAGGGACUGACCACACAGAAACACCGCUCACACGCGAUUGUUGUCGACACAAACAUGGAGGCCCACAGGAAACCAGCUGGACCUGAAGGAGAUGAAGACCACAGUGUUUGAUGGCAAUGACCAUUUAAGAAAAAACAUUUUCUUGUCAUUGUUAUAGUUCCAGUCACUGAGUUCAGCAGAACGCCAAUCUGAUUAAGAUUAGAUAAAAUUUAAAUGACAAUAUUUUAACUCACAAUAUUUUGUGUAUUAAUUUAGUAGCUACUAAGAAGUGUAAUGUAAUGGUUUAAAGAAGUUGUAAUUGGUUCUAAGAAACAUGUGUAAGUCGAUAACAUUAAUUUACCAGGAAAGUAUUGAAUAAAAAAAUUUAACUCCACUCCGAGCAAUUCUCUUAAAGCCUCCUCUACACCGCCACAAAAGGUAACGGUGAUGGUCACGAGGUCCGUCAGUGUUAAAGCAAAGACACACAAGUUGAUUCUCUCUCUCAAACCCAGUUUAUAGAACACGGCGGCGCACAGAAUGUUGCCUGGAAAGCCGAAUAAAAACAGCAACGGUUUCAGUCCAACAUUUAUAACACCUAUUACCCAAAGGGAUACCUGUACAACAGAAAUAAUAAGACCGUUUUACCUUAAUAAUCCCAUUAGCGUCAUCCAAAGGAAC